GAGAACGGUGUGCUCGGCCCUAUAGUUGGCAUCGUCGGGUCGAUGGCGGCCCUCGAGGUUCUGAAGGUCCUGGCGAAGUCGUCACCUCUUCACGCAUCCUGCUUGAGGGGGAAGAUGAUUUGCUAUGAUGCGGCCAACAUCUCCCAGCCGAUCUACAUGGUGAAGUUGCCCAGGCAGCCAAAGACUGCUGACUGCGCCAACGUUGCCAGCCAGCAGCAGCUGCCACCCGAAGGCUGCUGCCCCUACAUGGCUGGCGAUGCUUCAGACAGUAUCUCUGCAUCAGAGCUUCGUGCGCGGCUGUUGGCAAAAGUGCCGAUAUUGCUGCUGGAUGUGAGGCAUCCCAGCCACUUCGCCGUUUGCCGGUUGAAGGGUGCCCACAACUGGCCCCUCAGCCAGAUCAGCUUUACAGAGCCCAAGGAAUGCUCACAGAAAAUCUCAGAUCUACUUGGGAGCCACACCGACGGAUGCGAAAUUGUAUGUGUCUGUCGACGAGGCAAUGACAGUUUGAAGGCAGUGCACUCGCUGCGCAACGCAGGGGUGCAAGCCUGGAACCUCCAGGGUGGACUGCAGAAGCUGAUGGCGGCGGCUCAGGAGCCCGACAGCCUCCCCGCACUGACGUGA